GGCCAGCCGACGGUUUGAUUCAGAAGGCUGUCGUUUCCGAUGGAGAAGCGUUUGUCAUUGAGGAGAUUCAAGUGUUCCCAAGUGAGGCCAUCAGGACACUGCGCCUGUUAAGCAGCAAGGGGCAGCUGUACGCCAGCUCGGACGCGGGCGUGGUCCAGAUCCCAGUCAGCGAUUGCGCUCGCUACGACACGUGCCUGGACUGCCUUCUGGCCAGAGAUCCCUAUUGUGCCUGGGACCUGCUCACAAAGCUCUGUUCGGCCGUUGCUGCCUUGUCCGACCUUACCAGGGCCAUCCAAAGUUUGAACGCUGUCUCCGCCUGUCCCUUACCUGGUCCGGUGGCAGUGGUGAACAAGUCUUUGGCUCUAGGGGUCAACAUGCUGCUGCCUUGCCAGGCUAGCUCCAACUUUGCGCAGGUCCACUGGCGCUUUGCCGAGCGGACGCUGGAGUCCAGCGCCGAGUACCGCAUGUAUAGCCAGGGUCUGGUCAUUAUGAACGCCUCGGAAUCGGACGUGGGCCUGUACACGUGCCAGUCCUCGGAAGUGGCUCGAGACACCGUAUACAGCCACGGCGUCGUGGCCGCUUAUUUCUUCACCGGCAGCGAGCGCCGCCGCGACGGCGGCUCCUCUCAUUCGCCACUGUUGAUUUGUGUCCUUUGGCCACCUUUUCUGGUGUCAAUGGUUUUGCUGUUUGUGCUUUGCCUCUCCCUGGCAGCCUUCAUCGUAUGCAAAGGCAGACGACAGGUGUACACGGUUAGGGAGAGCAAGAGUGACGACAACACCGAGUUGGCAGCGACCAGCGUCAAUCCCCCAAGAGAUGAAUAUACUCUCUAA